GAGCUGCGGUCGCGUGCGCGUGCGCACUACGGCGGGACGCCAACGCUGGGACGUGGGGGUUCUGGUGCACCUCCGCGGUGAGCCAGGGAUGGCGGGCGCGGACCCCGUGUCGAGUGUGCUGGGGCUGCUGCUUGUGUCUGCGCUGUUUGGGGUCCUGGGAGAGCGCCCCAGCCCCGAUCUGGGGGCACACCCAGAACACCGCUCCCAAGUCGGUCCCGGUGCCACCGAACCCCGACGGCGGCCGCCACCCAAGGACCAGCGCGAGCGGGCCCGGGCCGGAGCGCUGCCUUUGGGGGCGCUGUACACUGCUGCCGUCGUGGCUUUUGUGCUGUACAAGUGUUUGCAGGGCCCGGAUGAGGCUGCCAUUCUCCAAGAGGAAAAAAACAAGAAGAAAUCCUUGCAGGCAGAGCAACAACUGGUGCAGUUGACACAGCAGCUGGCCCAGACAGAACAGCAUCUCAACAACCUCAUGACCCAGCUGGACCCCCUUUUUGAGCGGGUGACUACACUGGUUGGAACCCAGCGGGAACUCCUCAGCGUGAAGCUCAAGACCGUCCACCAGCUCCUCCAAGACCGCAAGCCUGACGCGGGUGUGCAAGUUCCAGAGGCCAGCGUACCCUUUCCUAAGGACCAGCAAGAAGCUAGCAACAGUCAGACCUGCGAGGGGCCCACAAUCUGGAGCCCAGAUUCAUGGAACCUAGCUCCUUCCUGGGAGGUGGAGCAGGGACUGAGGCGAAGAUGGCACAAGACUGUCACAAAGGACCCAGCAAUGAAGUGGGGGCAGCCACUGAAGGGUCAGUAAAACCCAAUCACCUUG